GUGUUCCCCGGGCUCCCUGGUUCCUAACUUCAAACUCAGACCCGCGGGCUUUGUUCUGACUUAACAGCGGGCUCACCAAGCACCAAGCCCGCUGUCUCUCAGGUAACAACUCGCCCCGCCCCGGCAGCUCCCCCACUUCCGGUCUUGCGCAGUGGAGCUCUGGGAGGACGCAGAGUGGAAGACAUGGCUACUUCCCGGUUACCCCCGGCGACGCUCACGCUAAAGCAGUUCAUGAGAAGGCAACAAGUUCUCCUCCUCUACAGAAGGAUUUUACAAGCAAUUAGACAAGUUCCAAAUGACUCUGAUCGCAAAUAUCUGAAGGACUGGGCAAGAGAAGAAUUCAAAAGAAACAAAAGUGCCACUGAAGAGGAUACGAUCCGAAUGAUGAUUACCCAAGGCAAUAUGCAGCUCAAGGAGUUAGAAAAAACACUUGCUUUAGCAAAAUCCUAAUAUUAUUCUGAAAGGUUUUCAGAAUUUGUAUUUUGUCUAGCUGAAGCUCAGGCUCAACAAUGCCUGCCCAAAGCCAAAGUCAUUUGUAUGUAUAGCUCGUGGACAAAACAUCAGAACUGGAGUAUGUCAUGUCAUAGAGAGCAAUGAAAAGCCCAUCAGGAACAAGUGCCUUCGCACUGAAAAUAUACCCUGUAUUAUGAAAAUGUUACAGAUUCCCUCAGCAGUUUUUGUAAGAAGCAAAAACCUGCACAACAGAUGGACGACUGGCACACAAAAAGAUGUUCUGCUUCAUUAACUAUCAGGGAAAUGCAAAUCAAAACCGCAGUGAAAGAUACCACUAGAACAGCCAUAAUUAGAAAGUAAAAUAAUAACAAAUGUUGGUGAAACUGUAGAAAUCCUGUGACUCUGAGACAUUACUGGCUGGAACAUAAAAUGGUGCUUAAAAGGUAGUUUCUCAAAAGUUAAAAAAUAUUACCAAUUCUAGGUUUAUAACCAAGAGAACUAAAAACAUGUCUACCAAGAACUUGUACACAAAUAUUUACUGUAGCAUCAUUCAUAAUAGCCCCCAAAUUGAAACUAUCCAAAUUCCCAUCAGCUGAUAAUUGGUUAAAGUGAAAUAAUUCUGUACAAAUUUAUCAUUAAAAAAAUGAAGUAUUAAUACUUGCUAAAACCUGGAUAAAUGUUAAGAACAUCAUUAAGAGAAACCAGUCACAAAAGAUGGCAUGUUGUAUGUUUCCAUUUAUAUGAAAUGUCUAGAAUAGGCAGAAAGAUAAAAACAGAUGCCUAGGAUUCUAUGUAGUACUGAGAGUAACCACUAAUGGUAUGAGAUUUCUUUUUGGAGUGAUGAAAAUAUUCCGAAUUUAGCUUAUGAUGUUGGUUGCUUAAUUCCGUGAAUAUACUAACGUAUGCAUAGUAGUACAUUUUACUUUCCUGGUUUUUAAGCAUUGAGAGAUGACAGAUAACAUGUAAAUCAAUAUUGUUUAACAAUAUGAGAUGUUGGACUGGAUGUAUACUGACUUCAGUAGACACUCUGAAACUUACUUGAAAAAUCCUGCCUUAUCCCUCCAGUUGCUGAGGUAUGUUCUUCAUAUGUGUCGUGGACUGGUACUGAGAGGAUUCUUGAAAAGAUUGCCAUUGAAAAUCUAGAUCUUUGUGAGAAUGAGAAGCUUAAUGAACACACAGAAGUACUUUACCAAAAAGAGGGAAAACUGAGGCAACUUCUGGAUGAAGUUAAUGCAAUUACCUUAGCAUCCGUGUGAAAAUGUAAGAUAAAUCUUUAGGGAAGAUCCUUAGUGUCUUGGGUUCUCCAGUGACAGAAAAAAAAAA